ACUUCAUGCCUUAAAGUUCAGCAGUCUAUAGUUCAGCUACAGAUGGAUGAAAACUGAUGAGCACACAAAUAUGGGUCUGUCAGCUGCAGCCCAAUCCCCCUCCUCUUCCUCUUAUCCUGUUUACCUGCUUAGGGCAAUUCAAAGAGGCUCUCUGUUCAUUUAUGAGGAAGGGGGUAGGGAGAGUUCAGAAGAGAGGACAACUAACACCCCUCCUCCUUUCAGGAAUCGGUAAACAGAAAAAAAGGAAAUAAAAAGCUAAGCAGGACCCUCACCAAUCAUAAAACCAACUUUAGUAGGUGUUUCUACUUGCUGAAAUGGCCUUCAAGCUCCUCUCUGCUCUGCCUGUGAUACUAUUCCUGGCAGCUUGUGAAGCUGGAAAACAGAUGCCCAAACUAUCAAACAAGAAACUCUGCGCUGACUCUGAAUGCAGUCACCCAAUCCUGAUAGCCCGUGCGAUACAGGACUACUACCCUGGAGACUGCAGGUUCAUCCCCAUCCAAAAAGGGCAGCUCGUCUAUGUUUAUGCAAUGCUGAAGGACAGAGGGAAUCUCUUCUGGGCUGGCAGUGUACAAAACACGUAUUAUGGAGAACAGGAGGCUCGCAUUGGUCACUUCCCCAGCAGCGUGGUGGAGGAAACAUAUGCCAUCAUGCCAGCUACCACUGAGGUUAAAACUACUAACUGGGACUUCUACUGCAACUGAUGCUGACUCAACACACACUUUCAAAAAUCCACGCCCACAGUCACAAAUGAGGGACUGCUUUUUGUAACGUCAAAUCCAUGUAAACUCCAUUCUGCAUCUAAAAAAAACAUGAAUCAAAUAAUAACUUGUAGGGUUGGAAUAAAAGCUAGUAUUAUGGUAGUUUUUUAGGUAGAUGUAUAAAGUAUAUAGACUACUGAUCCCUGAAUUCCAGUUAUUUUCUUCCUCACAGCUCUUCUCUCAUUGAUUACCUUUCUUGAGCAAUACUUUUCUAUCAAAAUUAAAUAGAUAAAUGUGAAUUGCAAUCAUCUUGUCAUUCUGCAUC